AUGAAGGUCGUUGUUGCUCUAGCCAUGGUGGGUGUGGUGGUGGGUGUCCCGCCCCACUAUGGUUACUCCCCCGCCCCGACCUACACCCCCACUCCAACCUACACCCCAACUCCAUCCUACCACCCAGCUCCAUCCUACCACCCAACUCCAUCCUACCACCCGGCUCCGUCCUACAGGCCAGCUACAACCUACGUCCCAGCUCCGUCUUAUGAUUCACCUGCCCAGUACGACUUCAACUACGCCGUGAAGGACGACGCCUCAGGUAAUGACUUUGGUCAUCAGGAGACCCGUAAUGGCUACGACACCCAGGGGUCGUACUACGUGCAGCUUCCCGACGGUCGUGUGCAGCAGGUCACCUACACAGUCAAUGGUGACUCUGGCUACGUGGCCGAGGUCACCUACCAGGGAGAGGCCAAGUACCCUCACUACCAACCAUCCUACCAGCCUGCUCCAUCCUACAAGCCAGCUCCAUCCUACAAGCCAGUUCCAUCCUACAAGCCAGCUCCAUCCUACAAGCCAGCUCCAUCUUACAAGCCAGCUUCAUCCUACAAUCCUGCCCCAUUCUAUAGACCUACACCAUCCUACACUCCUGUUCCAUCCUACAAUCCUGCUCCAACAUACACUCAGAUCUCUCCCUACGGACUCUCAGCAACAUACAUAUCCUAACCUGUAUAUAGCUAUUGCCACCUUGUAUUAAAA